AUGGGAACACAGUCUUUGGUUGCAUACGUCUCUGGAUUCACUGCUUUGGCCGUAGUCUGUUCCAUUGCUGGUAUAGCUUACAUCGUGAACGAUCUGAACUCCUUUUACGAUGGUGCGAUCGAAGAUUUAACUGCCUUCAAGGUCGUUGCCGACUCAGCAUGGGAAAAGAUGCUACCAAAUCCCAGCGAUUCAAUCCCGCGUGAGAAACGCGGUGCAAGAGGCGGAAAUGGACAGCAGAAGGUCUGCCCCCCGGGACCACCAGGACCACCUGGAGAAAAUGGGGAAGCUGGAGAGAACGGUGAGCCAGGUGUACCUGGAAAGCCAGGAAACAAAGGUCUGACUGGUGGAGACGGUAAGGGUUAUCCUGGUUGCAUUCCUUGUCCAGCUGGAGAGUCUGGGCAACCAGGACCAGACGGACCGCCGGGAAAUCCAGGUCCUAACGGCAACCCUGGAUCACCAGGAACUGGAGGAGGCAUCAGCCAGCCAGGGCCACCAGGGCCUCCCGGUGACCGUGGAAAUAAUGGAAAUGACGGACAACCAGGGUCUCCUGGGCGCCCUGGCGCAUCAGGGCGUACUGGUAGGGGAAAACCUGGACCGCCAGGGCAAUCCGGACCACCAGGAGCACCUGGAAAUGCUGGGCAAAACGGAACACCAGGCAGUGCGGGAGCACCAGGAUCUCCUGGACCAGCUGGGCCUGAUGGUAAUCCCGGAGCCGCUGGCAAUGACGGAACUCCUGGCCAACCAGGUGGAGCAGGUGAUGCUGGAGGCGAUGCCGCAUACUGCCCAUGUUACUCUGGCGUUCAAUCAAGCAAUCCUUUGACAUCUGACAAUCACGGAGUGAGACGCCUCGCCAAAUUCAAUUUCAGGGUGUCAAGAAGAGUUGUUGUUAAAGCAUAA